UCGUGCCGUUCGGCCCAGUCCGCAGCACCCACCGGCCAUGUCCAAGUCCCUGAAGAAGAUCGUGGAGGAGAGUAGGGAGAAGAACCAGCCCGAGGUGGACAUGUGUGACCGGGGCAUCUCUAACAUGCUGGACGUCUCUGGCUUGUUCACUCUGUCCCACAUCACACAGCUGGUUCUCAGUCACAACAAACUCACAACUGUCCCACCAAACAUUGCAGAUCUGAAGAAUUUAGAAGUGCUUAACUUUUUCAACAACCAGAUUGAGGAGCUGCCUACGCAGAUUAGCAGCCUUCAGAAGCUCAAACACCUGAACCUUGGCAUGAACAGGUUAAAUACCUUGCCUAGAGGAUUUGGAUCUUUACCAGCUCUGGAGGUUCUUGACUUGACUUAUAACAACUUAAAUGAAAAUUCCCUGUCUGGAAACUUCUUCUAUCUGACCACCCUGCGUGCACUCUAUCUAAGUGACAACGAUUUUGAAAUCCUGCCUCCAGAUAUUGGGAAGCUCACAAAGUUGCAGAUACUGAGCCUUAGGGACAAUGACCUGAUAUCACUGCCUAAAGAAAUUGGUGAACUCACUCAGCUUAAGGAACUUCAUAUCCAGGGAAACCGUCUUACUGUGCUGCCCCCAGAACUAGGUAAUUUGGAUUUGACUGGUCAAAAACAAGUCUUCAAAGCAGAGAACAAUCCCUGGGUUACCCCUAUAGCAGAUCAGUUCCAGCUGGGAGUGUCUCAUGUUUUUGAAUAUAUUCGUUCAGAAACAUAUAAGUAUCUCUAUGGCAGACACAUGCAGGCAAACCCCGAACCUCCAAAGAAGAACAAUGAUAAGUCAAAGAAGAUCAGUCGUAAACCUCUGGCAGCAAAGAACAAAUAAAUCACUGGCAUGUGCCAGCAUUUUUAAGGCUUCUUUUUUUCUUUUUUUUCCUGCAUGUGCCUAAAAUAUUUCUAAAUGUUUACUGAAGAAAUGCUGUUACUCAUUUU